UGCGGUAGGAGGCAACCAUGUGGUUCCAGCUGAAUUUUUUUUUCCCUCUCUCUUUCUUCACUGCUUUUUCUUUCCAAACAGGGAAAAGUGUUCCACGAAGCGGUAGCGCCUUUCCGCCUCGCGUUUCCCUCCCUGACGCUGGUCCCGGCUCCCGUCCGGACGCCAGCUGGUGCGGCGAGCGCCGGGAGCCCAUCUGCCCCCGGGGGCGCGGGGCGCGGGGCCGGCUCCCGCCCGGCACAUGGCUGCAGCCACCUCGCGCGCACCCCGAGGCGCCUCGCCCAGCUCGCCCGAGGUCCGUCGGAGGCGCCCGGCCGCCCUGGAGCCAGGCAGCAGCUGAGCGGGGAAGCGCCCGCGUCCGGGGAUCGGGAUGUCCCUCCUCCUUCUCCUCUUGCUAGUUUCCUACUAUGUUGGAACUUUGGGGACUCACACUGAGAUCAAGAGAGUGGCAGAGGAAAAAGUCACUUUGCCCUGCCACCAUCAACUGGGGCUUCCAGAAAAAGACACUCUGGAUAUUGAAUGGCUGCUCACCGAUAAUGAAGGGAACCAAAAAGUGGUGAUCACUUACUCCAGUCGUCAUGUCUACAAUAACUUGACUGAGGAACAGAAGGGCCGAGUGGCCUUUGCUUCCAAUUUCCUGGCAGGAGAUGCCUCCUUGCAGAUUGAACCUCUGAAGCCCAGUGAUGAGGGCCGGUACACCUGUAAGGUUAAGAAUUCAGGGCGCUACGUGUGGAGCCAUGUCAUCUUAAAAGUCUUAGUGAGACCAUCCAAGCCCAAGUGUGAGUUGGAAGGAGAGCUGACAGAAGGAAGUGACCUGACUUUGCAGUGUGAGUCAUCCUCUGGCACAGAGCCCAUUGUGUAUUACUGGCAGCGAAUCCGAGAGAAAGAGGGAGAGGAUGAACGUCUGCCUCCCAAAUCUAGGAUUGACUACAACCACCCUGGGCGAGUUCUGCUGCAGAAUCUUACCAUGUCCUACUCUGGACUGUACCAGUGCACAGCAGGCAAUGAAGCUGGGAAGGAAAGCUGUGUGGUGCGAGUAACUGUACAGUACAAUCCAUCUAGAUUACGUGUCCUGGAGCUGGGGCAGUGGGGAAAACAGCAUUCUCUAUUUGAAAUUACUCAGAAAAUAGAUGUACAAAGCAUCGGCAUGGUUGCAGGAGCAGUGACAGGCAUAGUGGCUGGAGCCCUGCUGAUUUUCCUCUUGGUGUGGCUGCUAAUCCGAAGGAAAGACAAAGAAAGAUAUGAGGAAGAAGAGAGACCUAAUGAAAUUCGAGAAGAUGCUGAAGCUCCGAAAGCCCGUCUUGUGAAACCCAGCUCCUCUUCCUCAGGCUCUCGGAGCUCACGCUCUGGUUCUUCCUCCACUCGCUCCACAGCAAAUAGUGCCUCACGCAGCCAGCGGACACUGUCAACUGACGCAGCACCCCAGCCAGGGCUGGCCACCCAGGCAUACAGUCUAGUGGGGCCAGAGGUGAGAGGUUCUGAACCAAAGAAAGUCCACCAUGCUACGCUGACCAAAGCAGAAACCACACCCAGCAUGAUCCCCAGCCAGAGCAGAGCCUUCCAAACGGUCUGAAUUACAAUCGACUUGACUCCCACGCUUUCCUAGGAGUCAGGGUCUUUGGACUCUUCUAGUCAUUGGAGCUCAAGUCACCAGCCACACAACCAGAUGAGAGGUCAUUUAAGUAGCAGUGAGCAUUGCACGGAACAGAUUCAGAUGAGCACUUUCCUUAUACGAUACCAAACAAGCAAAAGGAUGUAAGCUGAUUCAUCUCCAAAAAGGCAUCUUAUUGUGCCUUUAGACCAGAGUAAGGGAAAACAGGAGUCCAAAUCUAUUUGUUGACCAGGACCUGUGGUGAGAAGGUUGGGGAAAGGUGAGGUGAAUAUACCUAAAACUUUUAAUGUGGGAUAUUUUGUAUCAGUGCUUUGAUUCACAAUUUUCAAGAGGAAAUGGGAUGCUGUUUGUAAUUUUUCUAUGCAUUUCUGCAAACUUAUUGGAUUAUUACAGUUAUUCAGACAGUCAAGCAGAACCCACAGCCUUAUUACACCUGUCUGCACCAUGUACUGAGCUAACCACUUCUAAGAAACUCCAAAAAAGGAAACAUGUGUCUUCUAUUCUGACUUAACUUCAUUUGUCAUAAGGUUUGGAUAUUAAUUUCAAGGGGAGUUGAAAUAGUGGGAGAUGGAGAAGAGUGAAUGAGUUUCUGCCACUCUAUACUAAUCUCACUACUUGUACUGAGCCCAAAAUAACUAUGAAAGGAGACGAAAAUUUGUGACAGGAUUGUGAAGAGCUUUCCAUCUUCAUGAUGUUAUGAGGACUGGUGACAAACAUUAGAAAUAUAUAAUGGAGCAAUUGUGGAUUUCCCCUCAAAUCAGAUGCCUCUAAGGACUUUCCUGCUAGAUAUUUCUGGAAGGAGAAAAUACAACAUGUCAUUUAUCAACGUCCUUAGAAAGAAUUCUUCUAGAGAAAAAGGGAUCUAGGAAUGCUGAAAGAUUACCCAACAUUCCAUUAUAGUCUCUUCUUUCUGAGAAAAUGUGAAACCAGAAUUGCAAGACUGGGCGGACUAGAAAGGGAGAUUAGAUCAGUUUUCUCUUAAUAUGUCAAGGAAGGUAGCUGGGCGUGGUGCCAGGCACCUGUAGGAAAAUCCAGCAGGUGGAGGUUGCAGUGAGCCAAGAUUGUGCCAUUGCACUCCAGCCUGGGUGACAGAGCAAGACUCCAUCUCAAAAAAAAAAAAAAAAAAUCAAGGAAGGAUAAAAGAAAGUUCAGUAUUGUACCACACUUGGAACUUCCUCCAUUUCUUCCAUUUUAGAAGGAUGAGAACCUGGAACUUUUGAUGAUUCUAAGCCUUAAAUUAUCAAAAAGAUCAGGGAUUGCCAACGCUUCUAAUGGCACUGCAAGUAUAUGCCAUAAUCGUUCCCUCCUAAAAGUGAAAAAUGAGAGAAAUUCAGUAUUUUCCCAGGCUCGGCCUCCAGAAGUUUAGCUCUGGGCUGGAAGAAAAGGGUACUAAUAUUUAGGGAAGAGAUGAGAAUAAUUAGUGGGUGGCAGGAGAGGGCUGAGCUAGUGCCUGCUAAAAUUUUGGUUGUAUCUUGGAAAGAUUUAGCAAAAAUAACUCACCAGGAUAGCUGCUGAAGAGCUGAUGAAUGGGAGAAGAAAGAUGUUUGAGAAAUAAAGAAAACAGCAGCCUCCGAUACAAUAACUUGCCUUUUUAAUAGUUUUGAUUACUCUUAAUACCUAUAGCACAAAUGCUGGACCUGAAUCAGCCCUUCAAGGACCCUAGCACAAAUGUCAACUGAUCACCUCUGGGAGAGUAGAAAACUUUUUUUUUUUUGAGAUGAAGUCUCGCUCUGUUGCCCAGGCUGGAGUGCAGUGGCACAAUCUCAGCUCACUGCAGCCUCCGCCUCUCGGGUUCAAGCGAUUCUCCUGCCUUGUCCUCCUGAGUAGCUGGUAUUACAGGUGCCUGCCAUCACACCCAGCUAAUUUUUGGAGUUCUGAUAGAGACAGGGUUUCUCCAUGUUGGCCAGGCUUGUCUCAAGCUCCUGACCUCAAGUGACCUGCCCACCCUUGACCUCCCAAAGUGCUGGAAGCCACUGCACCUGGCCCAGAAUACUUUUUUUUUUGAGAUGCAGUCUUGCUCUCAUCAUGCAGGCUGGAGUGCAGUGGCGCAUCUCGGCUCACUGCGACCUCCACCUCCCGGGUUCAAGCGAUUCUUCUUCCUCAGUCCCCCAAGUAGCUGGGAUUAUAGGUGUGCGCCACCACAUACAGCUAAUUGUUGUAUUUUUAGUAGAGAUGGGGUUUCGCCAUGUUGACCAGGCUGGUCUCAAACGCCUGACCUCAGGUGAUCCACCCACCUCAGCCCCACAAAGUGCUAGGAUUACAGGUGUGAGCCACCGUGCCCGGCCCAGAAUACUUUUUAAAAGAAGAGCAGGUUAGAGGAAAGAAAAACAUUAAUGCUGAAUGUGGUGAUGAAAGCAUGUUUCUAAAAUGGGAAGCCGAUGCUUAAAGAGGAAAGACUAAUCUGGGAUUUUGCCCCAUUUCUCUGGUUUUUCAUUCCUAUAUUUAAUUCUCACAAUCGUGUCGUCACAUAGUGCAAAAAACAAAAUUCUUGUCAAGUCCCCAGGAGUUUAUCCUUGGGUGAAAGUUUUAGCCUGAGUAUUGUCUUCCUCUAAAAAAGGUGGGAAAUGAGACAUUGAGGAAUUAACAUAUAAAUGUCUGCUAUGGGUUUAAGAGAACUGGCGUAUUUGGAAUGCUUCUUACACUAACACUGUCUCAUUGUAAAAUAUAAAACCCCUUACUCUAACUACAUUUUUAUUCCUCUGGUAGUGUGGUAUCCAGGCAACAUAUCACUUCUGCUAUGUAAUUCUAAGAAUUCUCAUUUCUAGAGUACCUGAGCCAAACAAAUACACUACGGAAGCUGCAGCUGUUAUCAUCACUAGCAAUUUGCUCAUCAUUAUUUACUACCUUUGAACCUAAGGUUUCCUGCCUAUGCUUUUGAAAGCAAAAAUCAGUCUCCUUUGCAUGAAAAACAGCCUUAGAUUUUUAAACAUGUUAGUUACCAGAAUGCUAAAAUACCAGUUGACUACCCAAAUUAUUUUGGAAAUCUAUCCAUAAUGGAAGUCUACAACAAACACAUAAAACAGAUUACACUAAGAGCUGAGAAACUCAAAGGAACUGAAGAUUCUGAGAGAUAAACUGUUCAAGUCUUAGCAAUGAUACUGCACUUCUCUUUGACAGGUUCUGGGCUUAAGUUAGAGGCCCUACUGGUUCCAAACCAUAUUCCACUGACUUUGCAAGUAAAAUAAAUUUGAUUCUGAAAUAGGAAACAAAAAAAGGAGAAAUAACCAAAUAGUAGAAGAAAAACUGUUUGUAGAAGAAGAUGCAGAUGGAAUGAUGUGGAUGUUGAGUAACCAUGUCAAUAAAAUAUAUAAACCAAA